UACCGAACCACUCUACUAAGCCACACUAAAACUUUACAAUUACAGCUUACAGAACCAGUAGGUAGUUACUACUAGUAUUCAAUAAAUGGAAAAUAUUAUUUGAUGAUGACACUAAAUAUGCUAUUUUAAAUUCAAUUGAAUAUAGUAGUUUUACCAAAGAAAAUGAAGCCUCGGACAUUAAGCCGUAUAAUCGAGUGACUUUAGACCUAGCUGAGUACUUAUUUAAGAAACGCAGCAUUUGUUUACCGUUGCUAUGGAAAACACCAUCGACCAUGGUGCAUGCUGUAAGACAAAUGACGCUGAUGAUGUGAUAAAUAAUGCUGAUGGUGCGAUAAAUAACGACAGAGCUAUGAUAAAUAAUUCUGCUUGUUUGAUGAUAAAUGAUGAUUCGAGUGGUGAUAUUAUUACAAGUGGUUUUCAGAAAAAACCAAAACGCUAUAAACAUGAUAAAGGAGAAGCAGGACUUAGUUGUGAUAUAUGCUGUAGAGUGUUCAAAUGUAAGUCUAAACUAGUGGAGCAUUAUAAAAUUCAUACUGACGAAAAUAACUUCAAAUGUGAUGUAUGUUCUAAAACAUUUACGCAAAAGUCAAAUCUUAACUCACAUUAUAGAAUUCAUACUUUAGAAAAGAACUUCAAAUGUAACGUUUGUUACAAAACAUUUGCAGAUAAGGCUAAUCUUAACGUUCAUUAUAGAACUCAUACUGAAGAAAAGAACUUUAAAUGUGAGAUUUGUUUUCACAUAUUUACACAAAAGUCCUCUCUUAACUUACACUAUAAAAUUCACACUGGAGAAAAGAACUUCAAAUGCGAUGUUUGUUCUAAAACAUUUACACAAAAGUCAAAUCUUAUCAUACAUUACAGAAUUCAUACUGGAGAAAAAAACUUCAAAUGCGAUUUUUGUUCUAAAACAUUUGCGCAAAAGUCAAAUCUUAACACGCAUCAUAUAAUUCAUACUGGAGAAAAGAACUUCAAAUGUGACGUUUGCUACAAAACAUUUGCACGAAAGUAUUGUCUCAAUCUUCAUUAUAGAACUCAUACCGGAGAAAAGAACUUUAAAUGUGAGAUUUGUUAUCAAAAAUUUACACACAAGUCUUCUCUUAACUUACACAAUAAAAUUCAUACUGGAGAAAAGAACUUCAAAUGCGAUGUUUGUUUUAAAACAUUUUCAAAUAAGGCUGAUCUUACUAAACACUUUCGAAUUCAUACCGGAGAAAAGAACUUCAAGUGUGAUGUUUGUUCUAAAGCAUUUGCACAAUCGUCUUCUCUUAACUUACAUUAUGUAAUUCAUACAGGAGAAAAGAACUUCAAAUGUGAUGUAUGCAAUAAAACAUUUGCGCGAAAGAAUGAUCUGACCAGCCAUUACAAAAUUCAUACUGGAGAAAAGAACUUCAAAUGUGAUGUAUGUUCUAAAUCAUUCACAAGAAAGGAAUAUCUUACAAAUCAUUUAAGAAUUCAUACUGGAGAAAAGAACUUUAUAUGUGAUAUUUGUUCUAAAAGCUUUGCACUACAGUCUAAUCUCAUGAAACACUCAAGAAUUCAUACUGGAGAAAAGAACUUCAAAUGUAACAUUUGUUUCAAGCAAUUUAGGCACAAGAAUGGUCUUAACUUACAUUAUAGAAUUCAUACUGGAGAAAAGAACUUCAAAUGUGAUUUUUGUUCUAAAUUAUUUAGGCAAAAGUCCCAUCUUACGGUGCAUUAUAAGAUGCAUAAUAAAGAGAAACUUUGAAUGUGACAGUAAAAGAUUUAAGCCCAAGUCUCAAUGCAUUGUGUACGUGUGAUUUAAUACACUAUUGUGCUGUUUCCGAACCUUUGCAUGAGUGCAGCAGCAAGAAUGCAACCUAUAAAAAAUGAUGCGUGAGUGGAUUAAACCAUCCACAAUUCAUUGGGUCAUGUACUUAAUCUUUGAACGUAUUGCAAAAGAUUUUAUACAAUAUCACCUAAAUAAUGAAUUUAUAGAUUUCCACUCAACUAUAAAAUUGAUGCAGUUUCAAAAGGAUCUAAAAAUAGUUGGACAACAUCUUGCCUCGCUUUUUUGUGAAUAAAAUAUAAUUUACUCAUCACUACUAUGGCCAUACUAUUUCAUAUUCUAACCAAUCACAGUGUUUAUUACUAUAUUUUUAUGAAAUAUUUGUGGCUU